AUGGGGUUAUUGGCUUUGGGAACGGCCCUUGAUUGGCCUGAGGCGCAGAAGCACGCGAAUCAGGUUAGGGAAUGGGGCAUUAAGCAACUAUUGGAAAUUUGGAAUAAGGCUAAGCACAAGGAGCAUGAUGCUAUGCUGUGGGGUGAUGAGAUAGAAUAUUUGGUCGUCAAGUACUCUAAGGAUGAGCCUAAAGUUCUCCUUUCGCUUCGCCAAGCCGAUAUUCUCACGGCCCUAGCCGCCGACGAGGAGCUAUCUGAUAAGGGCGGCUGCGUUCCGGCAUUACAGGAACUUGAAUCACAGAGAUCCAAUCCUUUACCCGUCUUCCACCCCGAAUUCGGCAGGUUUAUGCUUGAGGCUACCCCGGGCAAGCCAUGGGGCAUUGGACUCAAAGAACUUCUGGGCGUCGAGCCUGAUAUGAAAAACAGGAGGAAGAUAGCGAAAGAACACAUGCAAGCUGAAGAAUAUCCUCUUACGCUCACAACAUUUCCUCGCCUGGGCGUUCCGGGUGUCUUUACAGAUCCUUACUACCCGCCAUCUGGGCCAAGGCUUCGGUCACAAUUCGUACCAGACGAAAUUGCUAACCCACACAUUCGGUUUCCGACACUGGCAGCCAACAUACGCUGGCGGCGUGGCAGGAAAGUCCAGGUCAAUGUUCCGGUAUUCCACGAUAAAAAUACGCCAAAUCCCUGGAAGGACCCUACUGUGAACUAUGAUCUACACAACUGGCCAGAGGAUGACGAUGUGAGAAACGGUGCGGCCCCGGACAACUUCAUCCACAUGGAUGCCAUGGCGUUUGGGAUGGGAAGUUGCUGCUUACAGAUUACAUUUCAAGCGAAGAAUAUCAUCGAAGGUCGAAGGAUGUAUGACCAGCUAAGCCCAAUUGGACCUAUUAUGCUGGCUCUAACGGCGGCGACUCCUAUUUAUAAGGGGUUCCUAGCCGAUACCGACGUUCGUUGGAAUCAGAUCAGCCGAGCUGUGGACGAUCGAACACCAGAAGAAUUAGGGGAGAAGCCUUUGAAAAACAGCCGCUGGCGCAUACCGAAAUCUCGUUAUGCAUCCAACUCUACUUAUAUAAGCACAGAUGAGCGCCUUCGACAGGAAUACUUGGAUCCUAACCUUGUCAUUGACGAAAAUAUUAAGGCGGAGUUGCUUGAGGGCGGCAUGGAUGACCGUCUUGCGACACACUUUGCGCAUUUAUUCAUCCGAGAUCCCAUCGUAAUAUUCAGUGAAGACCUUAAGGAGCUUGACUUAACGAAGGCGGACCAUUUUGAGAACAUCCAAAGUACCAACUGGCAACAUAUGCGGUUCAAGCCACCGCCACCGGGCUCUGAUAUCGGUUGGAGGGUCGAGUUCCGCCCCAUGGAGAUACAAAUCACGGACUUCGAGAACGCAGCUUUUGCCGUUUUCAUGGUUCUAAUAACGCGUGCAAUUCUAAGCUUUGACUUAAAUUUCUACAUCCCAAUCGUCAAGGUGGACGAGAACAUGGAGACCGCCCAUGCUAAAGAUGCCGUUCUGGAGAAGAAAUUCUACUUCCGGAAGAACCCGUUCGCGAACCGGCCCGCUCGCAGCAGCGCCACCUCGCGCUCCGGUUCACCCACGACUAGCCGGCCUCCGACGCCUUUCGGACCUGUUGAGGAUGAAUACACGCUGAUGUCGGUCGACGAGAUUAUCAACGGCUCAUCGUCGGAUGAGCAUAGCUUCCCGGGCCUUGUCCCCAUCGUCGAGAGUUACCUUGACUCAGUGAAUGUGGACGUACAGACACGAUGCGAGCUCUCGUCGUAUCUCGAGCUCAUUCGCAUGCGCGCUAGCGGCGAGCUCUGGACGGCAGCAAAGUGGAUUCGACACUUUGUAGAUGAACACUCCGCGUAUAACCAUGACAGCGUCGUGACGGAUGAGAUCAACAAGAGCCUCGUGAGCGCUGUGAUCGAUAUCGGAGAUAGGGAGCAGGAAGGCAGGGGCUGGAAAGACCUGCCCAUCCCCAACAUAGGCCACCUGCUAGGGCGGUUCCGAUCCACCGGCGGAUGUGGUGGCUCAUAG